AUGUCCCAGGGCGUCCCAGGUGUUCCUCCGCCAAAAAGCGUACUUGAUGCCCUUUCCCGCACAUCUUCCGACCCAACCACAUGCGGAUAUGUUCCCAAUGCGGGAGAGCUUUCUCUAAGGAAAGCUAUUGCGGACGAGAUGAAAUUUCGAUAUGGUGACGAUGCGGAUAUAAUGCCUGAAGAUAUAGCUCUCACAGCUGGCUGCAAUCUUGCCUUUUUCUCUGUGGCGACGACUCUCGCGGACGCCGGGGACGAGAUGAUCAUUCCCAUUCCGUGGUACUUUAAUCACGAGAUGACGCUGACAACGCUGAACAUCAAGCCGGUCAUACUUCCGACACGUCCCGAGGACGCGUUCAUGCCCUCUCCGGAACGUUGCGAAAGGCUGAUCACGCCGAAAACGAAGGCAAUUGUGCUCGUGACGCCCAAUAAUCCCACUGGUGCUGUGUAUCCGCCUUCGCUCAUAUCUGCAUUCGCAGAUCUGGCUCGAAAGUACAAAAUCGCGCUCGUCAUCGAUGAGACCUACCGAGACUUUAUUACUUCUGGCCCACCACACCAUCUCUUCUCGUCAUCAGCUCCUGUUAGGCAUCGUCUUGGUCUCGUCUGCGCGUCGCCCUCCUUCAUCUCACACCUGAAUACCGCCCUUGACUCGAUCCAGAUAUGCGCCCCACGCCCUCCCCAGCGUGCCCUUGCCCCAUUGCUUCCCUCACUUCGCACGUUUAUCCGCGAGACCGCCGAUGCCGUUGCGCAUCGACAUACACUCUUCCGCGAGGUGCUACCGAAGCGGUGGUGUAUCGCCUCGCAGGGUGGGUAUUACGCGUUCGUACGACAUCCGUUUGUUGGCAUCUCCGCGAGCAAAGUCUGCCAACGGCUGGCGGAGGAGUUAGGUGUCGUGUGCCUCCCCGCAGAAUUCUUUGGACCCAAGCAUAACGAGAGCGUGCAGCAAGAGCCGGAGAGAUGGGUGCGGUUCUCAGUUGCGAACGUGAACGACGAGAAGGUCAAGCUGGUAUGCAAGAGGCUAGCGGAGAGUGAGACGGCUUUUGGGUGGAGCAUUGACCCGAAAGCAUGA